UCACCACUGCCAGUUGUGAUUUAACUGGAUUAACUGGAUUGGUCCACGAAAAUACUGGUAGGCGGGACUACGAGAAGAUUGGUCUGGCCAAGAUGAUGUGUCUCGGAUGCUGCGAGAUAUAAAUGUCAAACUUGGCUAAUGUGAGUGCUUAAACAUGGGUAAAUCAAAUGAAUAUAAUGAAUAUGGAAAAUGAUAAAUGUUUAGAGAGUAUACAUAUAAUGGAGUUAUAUACGUAUGCUCCAAAAGUCGAUGUUAUAAUAUACAUAACUUAAUCCCUUAAUUGAUACCAUCGGAUAUGAAUCGGUCACGUAAUCAAACGGAUUGGAUUUCGAAGAGCUUUCGCACGUACAAGAAUUCGCAUAUAUCGAUGGAACAAUGGUAUAAAGAUGGUAGAGAACUUUUGUCACUUCAAUCAACCUUCUUACUGGCUUCUAAGAGGAACGCAACUAAAUCGUGCUGCGAAACACGGAUGCCGUUUUCUUACGCUUGGCUGACGAAGCAAGAAGAGUGACAAUCGCAUAACAAGCUCAACGGGGACUUUGUCGGAGCAACGGAAUAGAAAUAAAUGCAUAAUUAACGCAAAACACCCGUUAUAAUAUCUGUUUUACAAAAGAUCCUAGGCAGUAGUCUCAGUAUCGUUGAACAGUUUGAUUCAACAAAAUGUCCAGCUUCUCGUGCUUUUUCUUUUGUGUCCUCUGGAUAACUACAUUUGACGAAGUGCAACUCACAAAAACUGAAGAUGUUUUGGAUAAGAUAAAAGCAGGAUUACAGUAUGCAAGUAACUAUCUAGAAACGGCUAAAGACAUUGCCGAUCUGGUGUCUAAGAGUUUAGGCCAUAAGCCAAAUCAAAAACGAGGAGAAGAUAGAAACGGUGACAAACAAUCAUUUGGUCCUUCAAAUUUCGUUUCCGCAUUCUUUCGACUUAUUGGAUUUGAUUCAAAAAAGGUAGCAGCAGUCGCAGUUAACAGUGUUAUAUUUCUUGCACAAAUGAUAAGCACGCUUUUUGGACUGAAAUCGCUGCAAAGUAAUAUUGCCAGAAAUGUGGACGACGAAAAACUGGCUUGGGAUCCGUUAAAAUUUACUUUAGAAAAUAAAAAUAAAAAUAUCCAAAAUUUAAUUGAUCAAGCAAGGAAUCCGAAUCUAUCAAAUCAGUUGAUAGAAAGAAUUACUAGUUCUGAUACUGGUUGCAUUCGAUUAUUACUAUGUAAAUCAUCUCCAAUCAUAAAAGCAGCGCAAAUUUCUCUCAAUAAUAAAUCGCAAGAUUACAUGCAUCGAAUUAUUGCGUGGUUGCCGUCUAAAGAGGAAUUUGAAACAAGCAGCGACAAAUGUGAAGAGAAACAUACGGAUUGUCGUUUAUUUUCUUCGUAAUAAUUAUUAUUACUACAAGGAAGCUAGGAAACGUUUUCAUUAGAAAACUCAGAUAUGUAUUUAUAAGUGUUACACGUCGGACAAUAAAUUCCAACACACAAUGUUUUGCUUUUAGAUAUUAUUGAACUUCUUUUCUUUUUUAUAUUACAGAUUAAAAUGUUUCGAAGAUUAACAAUAUUUUUACUCUUUACAUGAAACAAAAUAUU